CAGUCCGCGGCUGACACCUCACCGUCCCCGCCCGCGCACACGCACACCCCACACGAGCCGAUCGCCCGAUCCCCGAUCCCCGUGACCCCCCUCCCCCUCUCUCCUCACACUCGCAGCAGCAGAGUCCAGCCGUGAGCUGAGCCGUGCCGUGCGUGCCGACUACCAGCGAGCAAUCCGCCGCGGGGGAACCCAAUCGAGUCCCCCCAGGCGGCCCCGCGGCCGACCGGCUCUCGUCCGCCCGGCGACGCGCCGACGCCUCCUCUUCGGAUCCCGAUCUGCGUUGUGGCCGCGUGGGUGAGGGGAUGGAGGAGGGGCGGCAGGAGCAGGAGGAGGCGGAGGAGGUGGAGGGGCGCCCGUGCGGCGAGGGCGGGGACCACUUCGACCGGCUCCACGACGCGGUGCUGCUCGACGUCCUCAACCGCAUCGGCGACGUCAAGGCGCUGGGCCGCUGCGCCCUCGUCUCGCGCCGCUUCCACGCGCUGGUCCCGCUCGUCGACUCCGUCUUCGUCCGCGUCGACUGCGUCAUCCCCGACGACCCGCCGCCCUCCGCGUCCGCGGGCCCCGGCUCCCCGCAGCAGCACCACCACCAGGCGCCGGCGGCCGCCCCGGUCGCGCGCGGGCGCGGCGCGCUCGCGCACUUCGCGCGCGUCCUGCUCGGCGGCAUCGCCAGGCCCAUCCACGCGCUCGGCCAGAUCCUCUCCCCCGCCGCGGCCGCCGUCUCCAGGCGCGCCGAGCCGCAGCCCGCCUCGCCUCCCGCGCCCGCCGCGGACGUCUCCCACCACUCGCCCUCCGAGGUGCUCCGCUCCUUCAAGGAGCUGCGCCGCCUCCACAUCGAGCUGCCCACGGGCGAGCUUGGCAUCGACGACGGCGUGCUCCUCAAGUGGAAGGCCGAUUUCGGGUCCACCCUCGGCAGCUGCGUCAUCCUCGGCGCCUCGUCGGUCUCGUCCAAGACGACGUCGCCGUCCGCGCAGCCUGAACCCGCUGCCGACGACAGCACGGCCGCCUCUCCCGAUUCCAACAGGGAGACUGAAGACCUGGGGAGCUUACCUGAGUCGCUCUAUACCAAUGGAGGCCUCAAGCUUCGCGUUGUCUGGACCAUCAGCUCGCUGAUUGCUGCGUCGGCGAGGCAUUACUUGCUGCAGCCGAUAAUUUCUAAUCACGCAACUCUGGAGAGCUUGAACCUCACUGACGCUGAUGGACAGGGGGUGCUCACCAUGGACAAGAGGCAGCUUCAGGAGCUGCGGGUGCGGCCAGUCUCGGCGUCAGCUAGCUCGCAUCGCACACUCAUGCCGGCACUCAGCAUGCGACUGCACUACGCGCCGCUCAUUGAGUUGCCUGGUGGAACGCAGCUGAAGGGUGCCACGCUGGUGGCGAUCAGACCAAGCGAAGAUGCCCUGAGAGAGGGUCAAGGGGUUGGGGCUGCUGGUUCUGUUGGUACAUGUUGGAUUUCAGAGGCCUUUGAGGAGCCAUAUCGGACUGCCGCAAAGGUGCUUCUCAAGAGAAGCCCAUAUUGCCUUGAAAUGAACUCGUUCUGACCACCAGGGAUUCAGUUCAAGAGAGUUAUACCCUUAUAGCAGAAUGGUGGGAUGCUUUUCGGAUGAAUAUAGGAGUAUUUAUAAUUCAGUGCAGGAACUGGACAAAGUCACUCCCCAUCUGUUGAUUCUGAUUCCAGUGUAGUGGUAACUUUGCUUACCUGUAAGUAUAUAUACAUGUCUGUGUCGGGUUACUACAGGCAGAAUGGAAUGCCAUUCGAGUCGAAUCUACAGCAAUGUACUAAGAAGAGAAGCCAUGGAAUGUUCCUCACUUGAGCUUGGUGCUCCUAGGCCAAGCUGACAUUACGCUUCCCUCAAGGAAGCCCCCAAAGAUUUCGUUAAUAGCAGCACCUUUUUUCUGGCUUAAAUCUUGUGGGGUCAUGCUUCUGGCAUUGUAUUAUUAUAGACUGGAACAUACCAUCCUUUUCAGUUUUCAGAAAAGUUAGCCCUGCUGUCCGUUUCUAA